AUGGCAGCUAGUACACGUUCACAAUCGAAUACACGCUCUUCUUUGAAGAGAAGUCAAGCAUAUCAAACGACAUAUAGACGAGAGUUCCUCUUGAAAAGAUCAUCAUCGAUUGAUGAAGGUGUGCCACCUAGUCAACGUUUUUUGAUCGGCUGCCCGUUUCAAUUGAAUGAACCUGUAGGCGAAACUUUGUAUAAAAUCGAUUUUAAUGAGCCAAAGAACGUUCAACGGGAUCAUUUCAUGCGUCCAAAUACUAAUAGAGCCAAUCGGCCUCAUCCACACAAACAGUUCCCUUACUGGCCUCGACGGUCUGAAAGUGUGUGUGACGUACCACCUGAAGAAACAAGACAAGCAUUGAAAAAUCAACUAGAUUCGACAUAUCGAGUAGAUUAUACAGGAGCAUCUCAAGGAUUCAAUCUAUCAAUGGCUUAUGAACGAUCACGCCCUUUUUGGCGUGAUCGAGCUCGACAUACUCUUGAUAGUGAAUACCGAAGCUCUUAUCCAAAUCAUCCGAAAGCGGCAAUGCAUACUGGUGGACGUUAUUCAUUUAGUUCUCGAAUACCAGCUGAUGCCAUUGUACCUCAAACGUUGCCUGUAUGGAAGGAAAGAUCUUUACGAUCAACAUAUGGGCAUGAGAUCAGUCAAAAGGCUCCAUCUGAUCUCUAUAUGAAACAUUUUGUAGAUUCUCUUGAUGGACCUAUCGGUUAA